GCGCUGCAAGGCCAAGUAGCAAUGAGUCUUCGAGAGCAAAUAGAGGGGUUCUCAGCGCGCUCUUUGCGAGCCGUGACAACAGUAAUUACUACACCUGGUGGAAGGCAGGUCAUAGAAGAGAAAGAUGCUGAUGGAAUAACUAGAAGUCGUGAUGCCGGUCGCGCCGAGUUCGCAUUCUGUCCUGACCUACAGCCGGACUUCCAAAUCGGUGAGCCACACCCUCACGUCUUCAUCGGAUCUCAAGACGUCGCACACAAUUUGGAACUGCUACAAAGCGUGGGAAUCACACAUAUAUUGAAUGUUGCAACAGGCAUCAGCAAUGCUUUUCCAGAGAAUUUUAUAUACCAAAAUAUCGAAAUUCUUGACCUCCCGGAUGAAGACAUAUGGCCUCAUUUAUUAGAGAGUUUCAGCUUUAUUCAGGAAGGCCUAAAUGAAGGCAAAGUUCUCGUCCACUGGUGUGUUUGUUUAUGUAGCAAUGCUGGUGUCUCACGCUCUGGUGCUCUUUUAUGUGCCUAUAUCAUGAAAGAAAGACAGUUGGCAUUUAUGGAUGCGCUUGCAGUCGUUAGGACGGCUAGACCUUGUGUGCAGCCAAAUGAAGGGUUUGUUCGGCAGCUCAUACAACAUGAAACAGAACUAAUAACUACAAAAAAUGAAUAA